AAGGAUUUUCUCGCUGCAGGACGUAUGGGUUUGGCAGUAUGUGUGAUGACGAAGCAGCAGCCUUGGUGGUGGACAACGGCUCGGGUGUUCUGAAGGCUGGCUUCGCUGGGGACGACGCUCCCCGCGCCGUCUUCCCCUCCGUCAUCGGCCGACCCCGUCACCAUGGUAUCAUGGUCGGUAUGGGCCAGAAAGAAGCGUAUGUCGGAGACGAGGCCCAGAGCAGGCGUGGAGUUCUCACUCUCAAGUACCCCAUCGAACACGGCAUUGUCACCAACUGGGACGACAUGGAGAAGAUCUGGCACCACACAUUCUACAACGAGCUCCGUCUUGCUCCUGAAGAAUCUCCGGUUCUCCUGACCGAAGCACCUCUGAAUCCUAAGGCUAAUCGUGAGACGAUGAUAAAAAUUAUGUUUGAGACCUUUCAGACUCCAGCUGCGUAUGUGGCUAUCCAAGCCCUGCUAUCACUGUACGCCUCGGGUCGUACCACCGGCUUGGUCCUGGACUCUGGCGACGGGGUAACCCACACAUGCCCCAUAUUUGAAGGUUACGCCUUGCCUCACGCCAUUCUUCGUCUCGAUCUAGCGGGUCGGGAUUUAACAAACUAUUUGAUGAAAAUAAUGACUGAACGUGGUUAUUCCUUUACCACCACCGCUGAGCGCGAAAUUGUUCGAGACAUCAAAGAGAAACUUGGUUAUGUGGCGUUAGACUACGCGAAUGAAAUGAACAUCGCUGUCGCGUCGUAUACAGUUGAAAAGGCUUACGAACUUCCUGAUGGUCAAGUCAUAACAAUCGGCAACGAAAGGUUCCGUGCCCCCGAGGCUUUGUUUCAACCUUCUUUCCUCGGGAUGGAAUGCAUUGGGAUGCACGAAAUAGCUCAUUAUUCAGUCAUGAGGUGCGACAUUGACAUUCGAAAAGACCUGUUCGCUAACAUUGUCAUGUCUGGUGGUACCACCAUGUACUCUGGUAUUGCUGACCGCAUGCAGAAGGAAAUCACAGCUCUGGCUCCCUCCACCAUCAAGAUCAAGAUCAUUGCUCCUCCCGAGCGUAAAUACUCCGUCUGGAUCGGUGGCUCCAUCCUGGCCUCUCUGUCCACCUUUCAGCCUCUGUGGAUCACCAAGCGAGAGUUUGACGAGUACGGUCCCGGCAUCGUUCAUCGCAAAUGUUACUAAUUAUAAAUUAUUUGUCCGAAAACUGAAACUGAAAAUUUGUCCGAAAUGUUUGAAUAAAUUAUAUAUUUUU